AUGGAAGAGGUUUCUGAACUUCUCAAAACGUGGGAGUUGGAUACACUUAUUCCGGAGUUUAACAAAAAACAAAUAACUAUACAAGCCUUAUCAGCACUGACAGAUGCAGACAUCAAAGAAUUAAUUCCGCUGACGGGUCCCAGAUCCCUAUUCAUGAGAUGCUGGAGGUCGUGGAAGGCAGAGUUUUCGUCUACUGUGGAUUUAUCUUUGUUUGAAUCUAUUACUAAAGAAGUAAUUGUAAUUAAUGAACCAUUACAAGAAAAGGAAAAUUUGCAUCCAAAUCUAACAUUGCUUGGGGAGAGUUCUCAGUGCAUGAUAUUGGAAAAGCUUUUAGUGGAAUCGCUUGCAGGAGACAGUGCAAGAAAUUUGUUGUCAGCUGUUAUUGCAAAGGCAAUACUUAAUGAAAACAAAAAUUCACCAAUUAGUGGUGCUAUUUAUUACAAAUGGGCUAAUUACAUUAAAGAGCUCUUUCGUGGAGAGAGAACAACCACAUAUUAUAUCCCAGCGUGCACUACAGCAAAUGGUAUUGUCCUGCAAGCGAAGGGUAAACUUGUAAAUCAAGUACUAAAAAAGCGAAGACACCUACAGAAUUUGGGAGCUUUACCAAUGGUCAAUAGGAAACGUAGUAGAGAAGAGAGCCCUACAUAUACCGAAUCAAACCCGUCUCCAAGGCCCAUACCAGAUAUUUUCAUAGGCGAAGAGGAUAAUGAAGAGGAUAUAAAAGAUGAUAUACUCUGGCUUGAAAACUCUGCUGAUCCUUGGUAUUUGGUUGAGGAAAAGUGGCAAAGGACUCAAAAAAUAAGAGCCCACUUCUUGUAUGGAUCAAACGAUGCAUCAAUUGAAACAUACUUUGGAAAGUACUUGGCACUAAGACAACCACAUGGAUAUUCUUUGAUAUAUUCACAACCUGGUGCGUAUGAACCUUCAAUCAAAAAUUGUGAAUCAGUGCAAGAAGAGACCUUGCAAGUUGUUGAGCAACAGGCGACAGUACAAAUAAUUACCUCAGUAAAUUCUGACAUUAUGAACGCGACCAAGCGCAAAUCUAUGCAAGGCUUGCGAGAAUCAACAAAGCGUGUCCGGAAGUCCAGAAAACUAAUCGUGCCUGAAGGCAACACAGACGGUGAUAGUAACCAGUUUGAAAUCAAUAAUAGCAUUACUACGAAAGAGGCUACAACUGAUGACAAUGACGCAAAUCUAAGAGAUGGGGAUAGUAACAACGAAGUGCCUAGAGAGUAA